AUGGGAAAACAACCCGAUCUUCGACAAUUUAUAUUCAAGAAAAUGAAAUCUCAAGAUAAUUCAUGUUCUUCAACGCCACCGGUAGAUAGUGGUACUCCAUCAUCUAAUGCUAGUGCAUCUCCAUCUUAUGAUUCUCCUCAAAUUAACGAAAAUGAUAUGAAUUUGGGUGGUUCAAAUACGGGUAAUGUGCCAUUAGAGAAUCAAGAGUUGGCUUAUGAUGUUGAACUUCUUCCUCAUGACCCGGGAAAAAGAAUAAACAUAAUGGAUUAUCCUUCAAAUCAACGUAAUGCGAUUAGGAGGGCAUAUAUCCUUAAAAAACCUUGUCAACCAAAAACUCAUAACUUUCCUCAAAGAGAUCUUGGUGGGCCGCGUCCGUGUCGAUUUGUUGCUUCUUGGUUUGAUAAAUGGGACUGGCUUGAAUAUAAUAUCGAGAAAGAUGCGGCAUUUUGUUUUGUUUGUUACUUGUUUAAGAAUGAUAUUGAAGUUAAUGUGGGAGGAGAUGCAUUUGUAGAUGGAGGAUUUAGGUCACGGAAUAAAUCGGAAAGGUUUAAGACACAUGUUGGAGUUGUUUCAAAGGUCAUUUUUGAAAAUGCUCCCGGAAAUUGUCAAUUGACAUCUCCCAUGAUUCAAAAAGAUAUCAUAAAUUGUUGUGCCAAAGAAACAACUAAGCGGAUUAUAGAGGAAAUUGGUGAUGGUUACUUUGCUAUCUUGGCCGAUGGAUCUAGUGAUGUAUCCCAAAAGGAACAAUUAGCUCUUUAUUUGCGUUAUGUUGAAAAGAAAACGGGAAAGGUAGUAGAGCGAUUUCUUGGACUUGUUCAUGUUGGGGAUACCACCGCUUUGUCUCUUAGAAGUGCAAUUAUAUCGUUGCUUGUUGAUCAUUCAUUAAGUCCUUCUAAUAUUCGAGGACAAGGUUAUGAUGGGGCUAGUAACAUGAAAGGUGAGAUAAAUGGCCUCAAGACUUUGAUUAUGGAUGAUACUCCAAAUGCAUACUAUGUUCAUUGUUUUGCUCAUCAACUUCAAUUAACUCUUGUUGCCGUUUCUAAAAAGAAUAAUGAGUGUGGUUGGCUUUUUGAUACACUUGGAACUUUGUUGAAUGUGGUUGGAAAUUCUUGUAAAAGAAGAGAAAUGAUUCGAGACAUCCAAGCUCAAAAUGUUGCUCGAUCCUUAGAAAUGGGUGAACUUGAAAUGGGAUCGGGGUUAAAUAAGAACUUGCUUUGA